AUGGUCACUACUCGCGAUCAAUCGACUGAAGUUCUUGUCGGUGAUAUUAUUCGAAACUCAACGGAUAUGAAAGAAAUAGCAAGAAUCGAUCUUUUAUCUGAUGCGGACAAUGUCGAUACAGAUGCUACUGUGAAGAAAAGAAUAAAUGCAAAAACUCCAGUGAAUGAUCCGAUAGUUGACUAUAAAUACAAUGGUGAUGUUUAUCAAAAUAAGAAACAUGGCAAGGGUACAUUAACAUGGGCAGAUGGACGAACCUUUACUGGACAUUUCUAUGGCGAUAAAAGACAUGGAUUUGGUUCGUUUGAGAUACCAACUCACUCUGCAUUUAAAGGUUUAUAUCGUGAUGACGAACGUUUUGGUCCUGGUAUUGUAUCAUAUACAAACUCUCAGAAUGAAGAAGUUGGCUAUUGGUUAGAAAAUGAUUUAGCUCGUUUAUGUACAAAUUCAUCUUUAACACUCGAUAUAACUAUCACUGUUCAAUAUUCAAAAACAAUCAAAGUUCGCUCUUGGUUUUCACACGAAGAAAUAUUAGACCAUCAUUCAAAGACACUAUUUGUCGAUUCAAUUGAUAAAUAUACAAAAUAUUUCGAACAACAUCGAGUAUUUAUCGAUCAAGCUUUACAAGAUCGACAUGACUCGCUAAAUACUUAUUUGAAUAGUAUGAAAAAUGUGAAAAGACAAGACGUGGAAUAUGAAGAUGAGUGUCUGACAGAUGAUCGUUAUGUGGAAAUGCCAAAUUUAACACCAGAAAUAAGAGAUUUAUAUUAUUAUACAAAUAAAUUUUGGCCGUUAAGACAAUAUUCAGACGUGGCAAUGGAGCAGAUUGCUACAAAUAAUCGUGAUCAAUUUUUACCAGGUGGUCCACUUGAACAAGCGUCGUUGAAUCUUAUUGAAUAUGCCUAUCGUGGAAUGUUAAAAGAAGUUCGUGAUAUUGUUAACAGAAAACAAGCAUUUGUUGAUGUUAGUGACGAUCACGGUUACACUGCACUUCAUAUGAGUUCAUAUCAAAUUCAUAUACCAGUAAUUAAUUUUUUGCUUGAUUCUGGUGCAAAUGUGAAUCAAAUGACUGAUAGCUGUCUGACACCGUUAAUGUUUUGUUUUAUUCAAUAUUAUGCCAAUGAUACAAUGCAAAAUAUUGCACUUGAGCAUCGUGAUCCUACUGUGUUGAGACCAGCUCCAGAACAAACUCAUACGUCAUUAAAUUCACAUCGAGAACAAAUAGUACAAUAUGAGUCAGCUCCAGUCAAACAAACAUCUGAUUUUGAUAGUCAAUUACCACCAUCCUAUGGUUAUGAAAUAACAUCGGAACUACGCAACAAAAUCAAAGAUGAAACAUUUAGGCAAUCAAUUUAUGACACAAUCAUGUUAUUGUUACGCCGCGGUGCUGAUCCAACAUUGAGUGAUUGGCCAUUUCCCGUGUUGUGUUUUGCUAUACGAGCUGGUGAUUUAGAUAUGGUCAAUCUUCUGUUAAAGAAAAAAGCAGAUGUCAACUGUAAAAUAAGUGACCGUUUUGCUCGAUUAUCUGCUCUGCACAUUGCAUGUGGAUGUAUGUCGGAGAAAGCAUUAGAUAUUUGUAAAGUGUUAAUUCAAUCAGGCGCUUAUGCGACAGCAGAAACGAAAUGUGGAACGGAAUAUUUGACUAUGGCCGAUCCGAUUCUAAUCGAUAUGCACUCAGCGAAGGUUGCUGCAUCAUCUGGACGUACACCUCUUCACAUUGCUUGUUCGCGAACUGACUCUUUAUCUGUUGAAAUUGUACGUCUUUUGUUAAACUCAAAUGCUAAUCCAAAUGCAGUUUGUAAUGGACAAAGUCCACUCACUUUGGCAAUAGCAAAUGGGAAUGAACCUGUGGUAGAUUUACUUUUGAAACAUCCUAAUACAGAUCCAUCAAUAGCACUCGGAUGGGGAAAUGGAAAUGCUUUAUGUAGUAUACUUUCAACGCUGUACGAACAAAAAUGGCCAUUUCAAAAACGAAUACAAUUGAUUGAACGUUUAAUCGAAAAAAAUCCUCAAAUUUUGUAUCCGGUCACUUUUGGUCCAAAAAGAACGAUUGGUUCUGUUGUAGAUUAUGCUUAUCACAUGUUUUUUACAGAUCAUCGUAUUGCUCAUACUCCCUAUCAUUCGUUAAAUAAUCCAGAAAGAUUGGUUUAUAAUGAUCGAAAAGAAUUAUUAGCAUUUAUAGCUAAACGUUUUCGUGAAGAAGCGGUUACACAUGAAAAUCUAUUAAGAUUAUCCACACCAGUUUCUAUUCUGUCUGUUGAUAGAACACCAAGCAUUGUCAUGUUUAUACAACCAGAAUCCAGUUUACAGUCGCAAGCAGACGUUGCCAGUGAAUUCAAGUACGAGUUAAUAGACGUCUACAUUACAUUAACUAAAUUUUUCGAUUUAUAUUAUAGAGGAACUGAAUUACGUUAUUGUGCUAAUUGUGGUCGAAGUACCGGUGUUCGUCUAACAAAUUGUAACCGAUGUAAUAAAGUAGCAUUUUGUUCAAAACCAUGUAAAGUUACUGGAUGGAAUACAUUCCAUAAAAAAGAAUGCAAAAGAUCACCAACCACAACAGUCGAUACCACUUCAACGAAAAAGAGCAUCAAUGUUAACGAAAAAUUAUUCAAAGACAGUGUUUUAGCCAUGAAAACACCUGCUCUUAAAUUGCCACCAUUAUCCGUAUCCAAAUUAUUAAGAAUGAAACGAAAAGGACUCAAAUCACUCCAACGGCAACCAACCGUAAUACUCAGUGAUAUUAAUUUGUCAUGGAAUCCAACAUAUCAAGCACCAGAAAAUUAUAGUUUCAAUUAG